AUGGACUGUGAGGAGGGUGGAGACAGGGACCACUUGCUGGUGGCAGGCAACUGGCUGUGUCUGGCUCCCCUGGUUGCCUUCAAUGUGGAUGUGGCCUGGACCUGGGUGACUUCAAAGGAAGGUCCUUUUGUGCUCAGCUCCCUUCUGCAUCAGGACUCCAGCACCAAGGAGACCUGGCUCCUGGUCAGCAGCCCCAGAACCAACAGGACAGGACAGCUCCUGCAUCAGUGCCACCUUCACAACAAUGAGCUCCGCUGUCAACCUGUGGAGCAUGUUCCCAUCCCAAAGGGGCGGCACAGGGGGGUGACGGUUGUCCGGAGCCACCAUGGUGUUUUGAUCUGCAUUCAGGUGCUUACCCGGCGGCUCCACAGUCUCAAUUCAGAUCUCACAGGCACCUGCAGCCUACUCAGCCCAGACCUCCAUCUCCAGGAUCAAGUUAACUUCUCCAACAUGGAAAAUCUUCUGAAUCCGGAUGUGGAUACUGGAGAUUGUCCCAGGCAACGACAAGAUCACACUGCCAGGGGGCGCCGGUCUCUGAAGGCAGAGGAGGAGAUGGAAGAUGAGGAGGAAGCAGGCACUGAGAUUGCCAUCGUCUUGGAUGGCUCUGGCAGCAUUGACCCUCCAGACUUCCAGAGAGCCAAAGACUUCAUCUCCAACAUGAUAAGGAACUUCUCGGACAAGUGCUUUGAGUGCCGCUUUGCCCUGGUGCAGUAUGGUGAAGUGAUCCAGACUGAGUUUGACCUUCAGGAUAGUCAGAAUGUGACAGCCAUGCUCCUAAAAAUCCAGAACAUCACUCAAGUGAUGAAAGUCACCAGGACUGCCUCUGCCAUGAAGCAUGUCCUAGAUAAUAUCUUCACACCGAGCCAAGGCUCCCAGAAACAGGCAUCUAAAGUCAUGGUGGUACUCACUGAUGGAGACAUUUUUGAGGAUCCCCUCAACCUCACGACAGUCAUCAACUCACCACAGAUGGAAGGUGUUGAGCGUUUUGCUAUUGGGGUGGGAAGCGCAUUUAAUAGUUCCAAGGCUGACAAGGAACUGAAAUUGAUUGCCUCGGACCCUGAUGAGACCCAUGCCUUCAAGGUGACCAACUACAUGGCACUGAAUGGUCUUCUUGAGAAACUGCAGCAGAAGAUUAUUCGCAUGGAAGGAAUGGUAGGCGAUGCCCUCCACUACCAGCUGGCACAGAUUGGCUUCAGCGCCCAGAUCCUGGACAAGGAGCAGGUACUGCUCGGUGCUGUUGGCGCUUUUGACUGGUCUGGGGGCAUACUGCUUUACAACUUUAACAGUAAAGAGGGACGCUUCCUUAACCAGACAGCUGAGGAUGCCAAGGCUGCACCAUACAGCUACCUGGGUUAUUCUGUGGCUGUGCUGCACAAGGCCUGCGGACCCUCCUAUGUGACAGGGGCACCAAGGUACCAGCAGCGGGGGGCUGUGCUUGAGCUCCAAAUUUCAGCCAAAGAAACCAACUUCCUGCCAGUGCUGGAGGGCAAGCAGAUGGGGUCCUAUUUUGGCUCUGAGCUGUGCCCUGUGGACAUCAACAUGAACGGGACCACGGACUUGUUGCUGGUGGCGGCUCCAUUUUAUCACGUGCUUGGAGAGGAAGGCAGAGUCUAUGUGUACCGUCUGAAUGCACAGGAUGGUUCCUUCUCCUUAGCACAUAUGCUCAGCGGGCAUCCUGGAAUCACUAAUGCUCGUUUUGGCUUUGCUAUGGCGGCAGUGGGGGAUCUCAAUCAGGAUGGACUCACAGAUGUGGCCAUUGGGGCCCCCUUGGAAGGCCUGGGGACUGAAGACAGUGUCACCUUUGGCACUGUGUACAUCUACAAUGGAUGUGAGGAUGGUCUCUUCCCCAACCCCUCACAGAGGAUCCAGGCCUCGAUGGUGGCCUCAGGACUCCGCUACUUUGGUGUGUCAUUGUCUGGUGGCUUCGAUUUCAGUGGUGAUGGCUUGGUAGACAUCACUGUCGGCACACUGGGACAGGCAGCAGUGAUCCGUACCAGACCCGUGGCCUGUUUCCAGGUGUCCAUGACCUUCAGUCCCCAAAUUCUGCCCAUUGGCUUCAAUGGCAGCGUGAACAUGAACCUGUGCUUUGAAAGCUGCUCUGCAACUGCAGCUGUUGAGACAGGCCUCAGAAAGAUGUCCAUGAAUUUCACAUUGGAUGUGGAUGUGGGGAAGGAGAGGAAAAGGUUUCAGUGUUUGGAUAAAAGAGCUUGUCAGAGCUCCCUUAAAAAGUGGGGCAGGGAACCCCAUCUUUGUGAGUCCUUCCUACUCAUUCCUGUGGAGGAUGAGCUCUCAGAGGAGGACCACUACUCCAACAUCAGCAUCCAGGUCAGCUACCAACUCCAGACAGCUGAGGACUCUGGGCACUCUCCCCAGCCUAUCCUGGACCUCUACACAAAGCCUGCUGCCCUCUUCCAGCUACCCUAUGAAAAGGACUGUGAGAAUAAGCUGUUCUGUGUUGCAGAGUUACAACUGAUCACCACCAUCUCUCAGCAGGAAUUGGUGGUGGGUCUCACAAAGGAACUGACCAUGAACAUCAGCCUAACUAACUCUGGGGAAGAUUCCUACAUGACAAGCAUGGCUUUGAAUUAUCCCACAAACUUACAGUUAAAAAGGAUACAAAAGCCACCAACUCUGAACAUUCAGUGUGAGGAUCCUAAGCCCAUUGCUUCUAUCCUGGUCAUGAACUGCAGGAUUGGUCACCCAGUACUCAAGAAGUUAUCUGCCAAUGUCUCAGUAGUUUGGCAGCUAGAAGAGAAAUACUAUUCAGGCAGGACUGCUGACAUCACAGUGACAAUUACCAAUUCCAAUGAAAGAAGAUCUUUGGACAAAAAGAACCACAGUCUUCAAUUCCGGCAUGCUUUUGUUGCAGUUCUUCCCAAACCAACAGUGAUAUAUAUGAACACAAGCCUGGGGCUUUCCAACCAUAAAGAAUUCCUUUUCAGUAUACAAGGGGAAAAUCACUUUGGGGUUGAAUUCCACCUGCAAAUUUGUAUUCCAAUCAUAUUACAAGGCUUCCAGAUUGUAAAAGUGAAGUAUCUGAAAAAGACACAGGAGGAGACCCAGUGCGCGCAGAGUGUCGGACCGACCUGUAGGGACGUCUCGGCACAGCACGUGGAGCAAUGGCACUCGGUGAUCUGCAACAUCUCCACAGCCAGAGAGAAUGUGACCGUGGCGGCAGAGAUGACCUUGGGCCCCUCGAAACAGUUCCUAACAGAUGUAACUGAAUUGAAAAUCCUUGGUGAAAUAUUCUUCAACGAAUUUCUAUAUGAGGGACUGAAUGCAGAGAACCACAAAACUGAGAUCACGGUCAUCUUCCUGAAAGAUACGGUGCUCUUCUUUCUGCCUCUCAUCAUUGGAAGCAGUGUUAUUGGCCUUCUGGUUUUGAUUGUGAUUAUAAUCAUCCUAUUCAAGUGUGGCUUUUUUAAUAGAAAAUACCAGCAGGCAAACUUGAAUAGCAUACGGAAGACCUCAAUGGAGUUGGAGACGCUACUUGCAGAGACACCUCAGGUCCAGCUUCCUCAUCCAAUGGAAGAAAAUAGCAAUGAGGUUUCAGAUAUCUAGAGACCUGUGUACUGAUUGCAUCUUCCUUUAGAAUGAUAUGGAGCAGAAUUUAACAGUGUUUGUAAUGUCUUUUUUUUUUUUUAAACCGUGGAUUGUCCUCCAAGUGCCUGUGCAUUGUCAAAAAAAGAAAAAGAUCUGAAAAUAUUUGGUAAUAGCAAGUUGUUUUA